AUGCGCCCCCUUCUCGCGCAAGGGGCUCUCCCACUACGUUCCGUCACCCUCCGAUCCUACAGCCGAGCACCCCUCCAACCCGCGUGGAGAUCCCACCCUCGACGGCAUCAGUCCUCGAACCAUGGCAAACCGCCCCCGGAGACUGAGCAGCCGAUUCCAGUGCCCAAUACCGUCGGUCAGCUCCCGCUCUGGCAACGCCUCGGCCCUCUGACGACUCUUGCGACGGCGUACGCUCGUUCGCAGAGACGCCGCCCUUGGACUACUCAGUUCUUCAGCGCGCUGGUAAUCUACUGUAUAUCCGACAUCAGCGCCCAGAACAUUGGCAGCGAUGACCCCUUGGACCCGAGGCGCACGGCAAGGAGUCUGGUGAUCGGCGGUGUCGCCGCCAUCCCCAGCUACCUCUGGUUCAAUUUCCUCUCGCACAACUUCAACUACUCCUCGAGGCUGUUGUCGCUCGGCACGAAGAUUGUCGUCAGCCAGUUUGUCUUUGCGCCGACGUUCAACUCGUACUUCUUCGGCAUGCAGGCCCUGCUUUCGGGGUGUACGCCUGCCGAAGUCGUGGAGCGAAUCGUCAACACCGUCCCGACGAGCUGGGUGAGCUCAUGUCGGUUCUGGCCCAUUGUCACGGCCUUUAGUUUCACCUUUGUCCCCGUCGAGCACCGCAGCGUGUUCUCUGCGGUCAUCGCGAUUGGAUGGCAGACGUACCUCGCGCUGCUGAACAGGAGGGCUGAGGAGAAGGCAGCGGCUGAAGCAGGGGCCCUCGACAAGCCAAAGGCGAUUGAGGCGGCAUGA